CUAUAUCUGGUCUCCCACAAACCCUGUAUUCACUAUAUCUGGUCUCCCACAGCACACAAAACAUGGAAAUACAAUUAUUUUAGUAACUAUAAACUGCUAAAUACCUUUUCUCAUCAGCAGUUAGAGCAGUCUUGUGACUUCUAUCAGCGUUCAGCAGAGCACUGGCUAAAGCUUGUAUGAAGAGUUUUAAUUCUCCGUUCACUGUCCUAUGAGGUUGCAUUCUUUUUCUAUUUUUCAGGCUUUUUUUCCUUUCUUUUCACCUGGUAAUCCUUCCAGAAACACACACAUCCUGUUGUAGCACCCU